UUCCUGGGAAUAAUCCCAAUGGGAUUUAUCCUGAUGGAAAUAAUCCCAAUGAGAAUUUUUCUGGGAAUUUUCCUGGGAAAAAUCCCAAUAGGAAUUUUCCAGGGAAUGAUCCCAAUGGGAUUUAUCCUGCUGGAAAUAAUCCCAAUGGGAAAUUUUCUGGGAAUUUUUCUGGGAAUAAUCCCAAUGGGAAUUUUCCUGGCAAUAAUCCCAAUAAGAUUUUUUCCAGGAUUUAUCCCGACGGGAACGAUCCCGAUCGGAAUUUUUCCGGGGAUUUUCCUGAUGGGAAUAAUCCCAACGGGAAUUUUUCUGGGGAUUUUUCUGGGAAUUUUUCCAUGGAUUUUCCUGGGAAUUUGGGGAAGGAUCCCAAACGCUCCAAGCGGCCCCGAACCAUCCUGAGCUCGCAGCAGCGCCGAACGUUCCGAGAUUCCUUCGAGCUCUCCCCAAAACCCUGCCGGAAGGUGCGGGAGACGCUGGCGGCCCAGACGGGGCUGACGGUUCGGGUGGUCCAGGUGUGGUUCCAGAACCAACGAGCCAAGAUGAAGAAAAUGGCGCGGAGGCAGCAGGAGCAGCUCGGGAAUUCCAGAGGAGAAAUUCCGGCUGGGAGAGGCCGGGAGGGAAAGGAGGAGGAAGAGGGCCCUGAGCAGAUCCUGGUCCCGUUCUCCCGGAUCCCACCGGGGCCCGACGGAUCCGGGAGCGAGUUUGGAAUGUUCCAGAAGCUCCCAGAGCUGCAGAACUGGGACUCCAAGGGAAUUUUCCAGGGGUUGGGAUCCUUGGGAGAGGCUCUGGAGAAUUCCCAACAUCUGAUCCCGGAAUUUCCUGGAAUUCCCAAACCUGGGAAUCCCCUGGAGCAUCUGUACCCCAAAAUUCCAGAAAUUCCAGAAAUUCCUGAGCCUGGGAAUCCCCUGGAGCAUCUGUACCCCAGAAUUCCCAAAAUUCCCAAAAUUCCUGAGCCUGGGAAUCCCCUGGAGCAUCUGUACCCCAGAAUUCCCAAAAUUCCCAAAAUUCCUGAGCCUGGGAAUCCCAUGGAAUGUCUCUACUCCAUGCACAGCUCCUAUUUCACCUCCUGAUGUGCUGGGAAUUCCCAUAAUCCCAAAAAUCCCAAACCCAAAAAUGCCCCAAAUCCCAAGAAUCCUGAAAAUUCCAA